AUGUUUUUCUUUUUUGCAGGAGGGUUAGAACAACAAGUCCGACAGGUGGUGAAAUCCGGUGUGGGAAAGUGCAUCAACUGCGGUUCACGCGCUGAUCUUGUUGAAUACGACAAAGUUCUGAAGCUAUUUUUCGUUCCCGUUUGGCGGUGGCCCGGGAAGGACAAUCUCUUGUAUUGCCAAGACUGCAAGUUUUUGUUUCCGCAAUCUUAUUCUCUUCCUCCGCCGUCGAACGGUGGUUCUACGUUGCCGGACGCCUUGAAAUGUCGGUACUGUGAUCGGAAAGUGGGGGCUGAUUUCACGUUUUGUCCUUACUGUGGUACUCAACUGUAA